AUGGAGUCGCUAAAGCUCUAUAACUCGCUCAAGCCUGGAGCUCCAGUGCCCUUUGUUCCUAUUGAGAAGGGCAAAGUUACCUGGUAUGCUUGCGGUCCUACUGUAUACGACAAGAGUCAUUUGGGCCAUGCUCGCAACUAUGUCUCUACAGACAUUAUUCGUCGCAUUCUGAUGCAUUACUUUGGCUUUGAUGUCAAAUUUGUCAUGAAUAUUACCGACAUCGACGACAAGAUCAUCAUCAAGGCACGACGACAACGAUUGCUCGAGCUCGAGAAGAACAAAAACUACACAAAGGACGAACUUCGAGAUCUAGCUCUGGCCGCUUUCCGGGCAUACGCUAAGAGUAGCUUGCCUUUGCUGCUAAAGGACGGAGAGGAUAUCGAUGCGACCAACUAUGCUCAGCGCAGAGAGGCAGGAUAUGGACACGUGCUUGCGGGCGGCACCAUUUCUGGUGAGGGAAAGCCUGGCGACGAUGAAGCCAAGGUCAAAAUGCACCUAAGUAACAUGACUGCUGCCGCUGAAGCUAUCGCUUCUGGCGAGAUCUUCCCUGGCACCGACGAGAUUCUCUUGCCCUUCCUCGAUUCGCUUUACAAGGAAACCAUUGACACGAGGGAUCAGACCAUGUUCACGGAUCUGACUCAGAGCAUGGAGAAGCUAUUUAUGGACGACAUGGAUGCGCUCAAUGUACUGCGACCUGAUGUUAUUACCCGAGUUACCGAAUACGUACCUCAGAUUGCCGAUUUCGUCAAAAGAAUUGUCGACAAGGGAUUCGCAUACGAAUCCGAGGGAUCUGUCUACUUUGAUAUCUCCGCGUUCGAGCAGGCCGGAAAUACUUAUGCGCGACUGCGUCCCGACAACCGAAAUGACAAGUCUCUCCAAGAAGAAGGCGAGGGUUCCCUCUCGAAGAACCUUGGUGGAAAGAAGAAUCCCGGUGAUUUUGCUCUGUGGAAGAAGUCCAAGGCUGGCGAGCCCUUCUGGCCUAGCCCUUGGGGUGAUGGACGUCCUGGGUGGCAUAUUGAUGAUGUUCUAGGGGCAACCAUUGACAUCCACUCUGGCGGUAUCGACCUGGCAUUCCCUCAUCAUGACAAUGAGUUAGCACAGAGUGAGGCUUACUUCUGUGAGCAUGAUAAGGGCGAGCACACAUGGGUCAACUACUUUAUCCACAUGGGUCACUUGUCUAUUUCUGGAUCCAAGAUGUCCAAGUCUCUCAAAAAUUUCCAGACGAUUCAGGAUGCAUUGGCUACCAAUUACUCUUCAAGAGGAAUGCGAAUUGUGUUUUUGAUGGGUCGAUGGAACGAUGGUGUUGAAAUUUCACCGGAUAUGCGAUUGCAAGCUGACAACUGGGAGUCAACCAUCAGCAACUUCUUCAUCAAUGUCAAGGCAUUGCUGGCUGAGGCUGGCAUUUCACAUGAUGUCAAGUCUCUGUCUCUGAGCGCAGAUGGCAAGGCCAGUGAGGGUCUCUUAGCCGAGCUCGAGCAAGCCAAGAAGGACUUUGAGGCUGCUUUGGUCAACUCAAUCGACACACCAAAAGCUAUGUCUGUUAUCCUCAAGUUGGUCAACACCGCCAACGUGCACUUGAGAGACAACAAGGACGCUGAUCUUGUGGCUCUUGAGUCUAUUGCACGCUGGAUCACCAAGAUCGUGGGCAUCUUUGGUCUCGAUUCGAAUGCUUCGCCGCCAUAUGAAGGCCUUGGCUGGGCCACAGUCAUCGCUUCAGACGUUGAGCCAAAGACAGCCGUUCAGCCCUACUCCGAGGUCUUCACUAAGGUCAAGUCAGAUGUUUCUGGCUUGUCUCUUGAGAGCGCUGAGAUUUUAUCAUUGCUUGAGCAAGACCCUACAGCUGAGUUCGCGUCAAUCGCUUCUGGUGGCUCUCGCGACCCUGAGCAAUUGGCUUUGCCUUAUCUUCGUGCUGUUUCUAAGCUUCGGGAUGAGCUGCGUCACAUUGUUUCUAACCAAACACCCGAAACGAAGAAGGCUAUUCUUUCUUUGACAGAUCGUAUUCGAGACGACGACCUCACAAACCUGGGCGUUUACUUGGACGACAGACCUGAUGGCCAAGCCUCCCUGAUCAAGUUCAUCCCCGCUGCUGAACUGAUUGCUGCGCGAGAAGAGAAGGCCGCUCAAGCUGCUGAAAAGGCGCGAAAGAAGGAGGAGGCUCGCCUUGCACGUGAGAAGGCCGAUCAAGAAGCUCGUGAAAAAGCCAAGGUCAGGCCCGAAGAUCUCUUCAAGGGUGAUGAGAGAUACAGUGCUUGGGACGAGCAAGGAUUGCCUACUAAGAUGAAAGAUGGCAGUGAUGUGCCCAAGAGCCAAUUGAAGGGUUUGAAGAAGCAAUGGGACCGACAGAAGAAGGCGCACGAUGACCUCAAGGCUAAAGGACUGUUGUAG